AUGUGCCGCAUGUACAAUGAUUAUCGACAUAUUGCCGGUGACGGGGCCGAAUGCACCUUGAACUCGGUUGACUUCCCCGAGUUCGCCAUGAGUGCUAAGAAGGACGGCGGCGGAGGAGGCAUUAACUUGGCGUUGGCGACCAAGAAAAAGACUCUAGCAUUGCAGAGCAUUGGAAGACGUCGCCAGAUGGAUAUUUGGACCAUGUUCUGGGACGUGACUGAUCUCUACGGCCAAGUUCACAUAGUGAAAGAUGUCGCUAGCUGGAUGAGCAAUGGCAAUAUGACAGAGGGGCGAGCAUAG